AUGGCUGCCGACAUAGCGAAGCAGAAAUUUUCUUCGUUUGCUGAAUAUGUUUUCCCCGGGAUUACUGUGAGGGAUAGGCGACAAAAGCACGCCAUAAAUCCAGGCAAUGAGAUUGUAUCUAAUCUACCUCUGCAGAUGAUACUUUACUUCAAUGUAUUUUAUUUCCCAUUAUGGCUUAUUACAUGUGUAGUAAUGUAUGAAUUAAAGUUUCACUAUUUGGAUGAGUUCUAUAAGUUUAUUUUAAUAACGGUAUACAUUGUAGUGGCAUGCAUUGAAGUUAUCAGGUUGUAUCUUGGGUAUAAAGGAAAUCUAAUGGAGAAGGUUCCAGAGUUGGCAGGAUUCUGGUUACUUACAUUGGUAAUACAGCUACCCCUGAGUAUCUUUCUCAUAGCUAACCAAGGAUCCUACAUUCUACCAAUAGAGUACUCAAUCCAUAUCAUCUUCUUGUUGUUUAUUGGUUUUGAGAUUUUAAUGGGAUUCAUUGCAAUCCGUGUCAUGGCUGACCAUCAAAUGACUAAGUUUCACUUACAGCAGUUUGAUGAAAUACCAGAUUUGGAACAAGAUGGGUACCUGCUUAAUCCUCGCUAUGAAACAAGGGCAUAGUAAUGUCAACUAUUCAUUCUUUUAGUCAUG